AUGAAAGUCUAUAUUACCAUAAAGUUUGGUCAAGAUCUUAUUUUUGCCUCUCUUCUCUUCUUCUUGCUUCUCUAUCCUUCUCUUGGUGUUGAUGUUGUUGGUGCUGGUACUGGUGCUGGUGCUUUGAACUCUGCUCUCUUCCCUCCUGCUCCUCCUCCCCCCAACUAUUUUCGCAUUUUUGACCAUUUGGCAAGUCUUUUCUCUGACUCUCACUUCCUCCUGUCUAAUCCUCUCCUUCUAGCUCCCUUCCCUCCUCUUCCCUCAAGAAUUUUCGCAAUUUUCACUAUUUGGUGGAUGGAUGCUUACAGGAUGGAACUCAGGACUGCUGAUGUACAGCUGCAGGUCAAGAAAUUUAGUUCAAGACAGUACAAAUCUCACAGACAUAUUCCAGACGCAGUGGCACAGGCUGUUGACGAGUAG